GUGGAGAUGCAGCCGCCGCCCCGAAAAAUGAAGCCUGCCCAGGAGGUGAAGCUUCGCUUCCUGGAGCAGCUAAGCAUCCUUCAGACUCGGCAGCAGAGGGAGGCAGAUCUGCUGGAGGACAUCAGAUCCUACAGCAAGCAGAGGGCAGCCAUUGAACGGGAUUAUGGGCAGGCACUCCAGAAACUGGCUGGGCCAUUCCUGAAGAGGGAGGGGCACCGGAGCGGGGAGAUGGACAGCAGGGGCAGGACAGUGUUUGGUGCCUGGCGCUGCCUGCUGGAUGCUACUGUGGCUGGGGGCCAAGCCCGGCUCCAGGCGUCAGACCGAUACCGUGACUUGGCAGGGGGCACAGGGCGGAGUGCCAAGGAGCAGGUGCUCAGGAAGGGAACAGAUAACCUCCAAAGAGCGCAGUCUGAGGUGCUGCAGUCUGUCCGGGAGCUGAGCCGAAGUCGGAAGCUGUAUGGGCAGCGGGAACGAGUGUGGGCUUUGGCACAGGAGAAGGCAGCUGAUGUCCAGGCCAGGCUGAACCGAAGUGACCAUGGGAUCUUCCAUACUCGGACUAGUCUCCAGAAACUCAGCACCAAGCUGUCCGUCCAGUCUGCGCAUUACUCCCAGCAGCUGAGAGCAGCCCGCAAUGAGUACUUGCUUAACUUGGUGGCCACCAAUGCCCACCUUGACCACUACUACCAAGAGGAACUGCCAGCAUUGCUCAAGGCCCUGGUCAGUGAGCUGCUGGAACACUUGAGGGACCCCCUGACCUUACUAAGCCACACUGAGCUGGAAGCUGCAGAGAUGGCCCUGGAUCAUGCCCGCAAAGGGGGACAAGCAACCUCUGAGGUAAGCUGGGAGCAGGAUCUGAAGCUCUUUCUUCAGGAGCCUGGAGUAUUUUCCCCCACUGCACCUCAGCAGUUUCAGCCAGCAGGGACUGAUCAGGUGUGUGCUCUGGAGCUGGAGGGGGGAGCUGGGGACAGUGGCCUAGAAAAAGAGGUCCAGCGCUGGACAAGCCGAGCGGCCCGCGACUACAAGAUCCAGAACCACGGGCAUUGGGUGCUACAGCGGCUGGAGAAGAGGCGGCAGCAGGCUCCGGAGCGGGAGGCUCCAGGCAUAGAACAGCGGCUGCAGGAAGUGAGGGAGAGCAUCCGGAGAGCACAGGUGAGCCAGGUGAAGGGGGCUGCCCGGUUGGCUCUGCUGCAGGGGGCUGGCCUGGACGUGCAGUGCUGGCUGAAGCCUGCCAUGACCCAGGCCCAGGAGGAAGUGGAGCAGGAGCGACGGGUUAGUGAGGCUCGGCUGUCCCAGAGGGACCUCUCCCCCACAGCUGAAGAUGCUGAGCUUUCUGACUUUGAGGAAUGUGAGGAGGCGGGGGAGCUAUUUGAGGAGCCUGUCCCCCCAGCACUGACCACCAGACCCCUCCCCUGCUCUGCACACGUGGUGUUUGGCUAUCAGGCUGGGCAUGAAGAUGAACUGACUAUCAAGGAAGGUGAAUGGCUGGAAGUCAUAGAGGAAGGAGAUGCUGAUGAAUGGGUCAAGGCUCGGAACCAGCAUGGCGAGAUAGGCUUCGUCCCUGAGCGAUAUCUCAACUUCCCAGACCUUUCCCUUCCUGAGAGGGGCCAUGACAGCAACAAUCCCUCAGGAGCAGAGCCUACAGCCUUCCUGGCCCGUGCUCUGUACAGUUACACAGGACAGAGUGCAGAAGAGCUGAGCUUCCCCGAGGGGGCGCUCAUUCGUUUGCUGCCCCGGGCCCAGGAUGGAGUGGAUGAUGGCUUCUGGAGGGGAGAAUUUGGGGGCCAGGUUGGGGUCUUCCCCUCCCUGCUGGUGGAGGAGCUGCUUGGCCCCCCAGGGCCCCUUGAACCCUCAGACCCUGAACAGACCCUGCCCUCCCCUUCUCCUCCAAGCUUCUCCCCUCCUGCACCCACCUCUGCCUUGGAUGGGCCUCCUGUACCUGUUCUGCCUGGGGACCAACUCUCAGACUGCCCUGGACCCCUGGACCUGAUGGCACCUCGAAUAAGGCCGAUGCGUCCACCACCUCCUCCACCAGCUAAAGCCCUGGAUCCUGGCCACCCAGAGCCCCUCACCUGA